AUGAGACUCCUGCCAGAAGAGGAAGAGGCACCAUCUACAUCUGUGCCCACAUUCAGCACUUGGGAGCUCGACUUCUCGUCCAGACCUAUCCUGGACGCCCGUGGCAAGAAACGCUGGGAACUGCUCAUUUGCAGCCCGGAUCGCAGCUGGGUGUACUCCAAGUGGUUCCCAAACAACAGAAUCAACAGCACGCAGCUCAAAGCAGCCCUUCAGGAGAUCAUCGAGGCGGAAGGGGCGGUAAAGCCACAGACAGUCAGAUUUUUCAGGGGCCAGAUGCAGACCAUCAUCUCACGAGCGCUGGCUGACCUGGACAUCAAGCCCGUGCCCAGCAGACGCUGCUUCAGCUUGAUAGGGCUGCUGGAGGAGCGGCUGGAGACGGUAUACAAGCGGGCAGCGGGCUACAGCGACAAGGCGACCAGCCUCUUUACGCUGGACCUGGGGCCGCCGCAGGAUCUGCCGGACGCGCUGCGCGGCGAGUCCUGGCUCUUCGUGCAGCUGCCGCUCGGGCUGCUGCGCGAGGAGCUGCGCGCCGUUGACACUCGGCAGACUUUUGGCGCCAACUUUGCGCUCGCCAGCGCUGGCCUCGCCGACCUGCCCGAUGACACACCCAUCCCCGGUGUGGCGGUGUACAGCCGGAGGGCGGUGCCGCUGGCAGCGUGGACGUCGGGGUUAGAGGUGGCCAAUGUGGCGGCAGACGCUGACCGGGCAUGCCUGGUGUUGGAGACGGGCGUCAACCAGAGGUGGAGAUAUGGCAACUACCAGCGCACCCCGGAAAACACCGCCGAUGCGCGCGCAUGGGAGGCCGCCAAGAUAGCCGCCAGGGGCCUUCACUUCCUGGUGGUUCAGGCAGAUGAGGAGGCGGAUACCAGCGCAGGGCUUUGGUUGCUGCAAGCUCGGGAGCUUCCCAAGAUUUGA